CUUGACCACACUGACGAGAUAGUACCCAGAGAUGCGAGAUUGAUCUCUCUCAUCUUAGCUUCGAAGGGUAUACAAGAUGCGGAAGAUAGGGUGUUACACCAAUUACUCGAUUUUGCCCAUCGUUACACUGCCGACGUAUUACAAUCAGCUCAAGUAUUAGCCGAUCAUGCAGGUCGUAAUGGUCGACCGGUGAUUGAGAAAGAAGAUGUAGAAUUAGCUAUAGCUAUAAGACAAAGAAUGGAAUUCGUAGAGGGACCUCCUAGGGAUUAUCUAGCAUCCUUAGCCCACGAUCUAAAUUCCCGUCCAUUACCCAUCUUAACCGAAACAUUCGAACUUGUUCGUCUUCCUCCACCUCAUCAAUGUAUCUCUAACAUCUCUUUCGACCUCGUCUUAGAUCCCACAGCUAUAGAAAUAGGUAUGGAAGAAAGUGAAAGUUCUUCUUCUGAUGAAGAGAGUGAUGAAUUACCGACGGAUGAUGAUGUUGGAGAAGAUGGGGAUGGGGAUGUGGAUGUGGAAGAGGAUGGUGAUGGUGAUGGUGAUGAAGAAGGUGAUGGAGAUCGGGAUGAAGAGAUGGAAGAAAUUGAUGUUGAUGUUGUUAUUCCUGGUGUUAGAGAUAGAGAGAUAGAUGAGGACUAUGAUGUUUAA